AUGUUUUCAAGAGUUCCUGCAUGUGCUGCUCGCAGCAGUGUUCAAGUUGCUAACAAUGUUAUGGCUCGUUCUGUUUUCGCUAAUUCUACAAGAAACUAUGCUACUUUGAAGGAAGUCGAAACUCGUUUAAAGUCUAUUAAAAAUAUUGAAAAGAUUACCAAGACUAUGAAAAUCGUCGCCUCUACCAGAUUAGGUAAAGCUGAUAAGACCAAGGUCACUGCCAAGAAGUUCGAAGAUGCUGACAACCAAUUCUACAAGAAUGCUGAAACUAAGGUCUUGGAAGAAGAUGCUGCAAACCCAAAGGAAUUGAUUAUCGCCAUCACUUCUGAUAAAGGUUUAUGUGGUUCCAUCCAUUCUCAAUUAGCCAAGGCUGUUAGAAGACAUUUGGCCGAAGCCCCAAACGCUGAUGUUGUUACCGUUGGUGACAAAGUUAAAAACCAAUUGUUAAGAACACACGCCAACAGUAUCAAAUUGGCUAUCAACGGAGUCGGUAAAGAAGCCCCAACUUUCCAAGAGUCAUCAUUCAUCUCUGAUAAAUUGAUCAAUGAAAUGAAAUUGAACACUUACCCAAAGAUCUCCAUCUACUACAACAACCCAAUCAGUUCUCUAUCCUUCGAGCCAACCAACGAACCAGUCUUCAACGUCGAAACCACUGAAAAAUCUCCAUCUUUCAACAAAUUCGAAAUCGAUACCGAUGCUAACGUCUCUGCCGACAUGUUCGAAUACAACUUGGCAUCCAAGAUCAUGAGCGCAAUGGCCCAAGGUUAUUCUGCUGAAAUCAGUGCCAGAAGAAACGCCAUGGAAAACGCCUCCAAGAACGCAGGUGAUAUGAUCAACAGAUACUCUAUCUUAUACAACAGAACCAGACAAGCAGUUAUUACCAACGAAUUGGUCGAUAUCAUCACUGGUGCCUCAUCUUUGAACUGA